CUUUAAUAGCUCAACUUCCGUUUAUUUCCGUCCUGCGUGCAUCCAACUUGACGCCUCUCACUGAACCGAGGGGUGUGUUCAACGAUUUAAAUCCCUCACACAUGCGCAGACGCCGACCCGUGCUGCUGGGUGCGCCAUAUUGGCUGGUUUACAUGGGGAGUGGAGUUGAACAAGCCGCUCGAGAAAACCAAACCAAUUUCCGAAAAUGAAGCAAUUCGAAGAUAACAAGUAAAAGAGCACGGUAGGAUUUGUCAGUCCCACCGAAUGCAAAUUGUUUUAUUUGCCAAAUUGCGUGCAGUUUUCUCGUGAAGAGGUUCUCGACGAACUCGAGUCCGAUGGAUCCCAGGACCGCUUGGAUCCAGCCGGAGCAGAAGGGACCUGCCAAUUCCCUGUGGAUGCACAUUUGGGAAACCUCUCAGGGAUUCGGAGCAAACUCCGGCGUCGACAACCGCUUUCACCACCAACGCAACUUUGCAUUGCAGAAUGCCAACUCCGCGGACUCGCGCGGCGACUACGGCAGAGAUGCAGCGCCUACGCCGGGGGUUAUGUUUGGGAAGCUACCGAAGCGAGACAGCGGCGGAGGCGGAGAGAGCCGGGGAAGCGUCCGGAGGAAGGGCUCGUUGUCGCCGUCCUCCUCCUCUCUGGACUCGGAGGCCGAGAGCUCCUCGCCCUCCGGCUCCUCUCUGCAGAUUGACAAUUUGAACGUGGCAGAUGAGGCCGGGCAGUUUUUACACUACGGCGGUGAGCACGAGUUGAACGAGAACAAUCUCCGACAGUCGCCCCUUCGCACUGUUAAUCACCACUGUCGCAGCGUGCAACAAUCCGGCGGCCACACCCCCACCGGGAUGAAAAGCCAGCAGGGGAACAAGCACCACCACCAUCAGUCACACUCCAGCGGCCGCAGGAGGCAGCUGAACCGUUCCAACACUUUCCACCACGGCAUCAACCCGCUCCUGUCCUACGGGUGCAAUGGACACUACGUGGACUCGUCCUGCAGCCUGUGGAAAACCAGGCGCUACAGCCCGGGCAUUAAUGGUCUUCACGAAGAGAUAGUGGACUUUUUCAACUUCAUGUCCCCCAGACCGGAAGAGGAGGCCAUGAGGAGAGACGUCGUGAACAGGAUAGAAGGCGUCAUCAAGGACUUGUGGCCUACAGCAAGGGUGGAAAUAUUUGGCAGCUUCAGCACUGGACUUUAUCUUCCAACAAGUGACAUUGACCUGGUGGUGUUUGGAAAGUGGGACCAUCCCCCGCUGCAGGAACUGGAGCAAGCCCUGAAAAAACACAAUGUGGCCGGCCCAUAUCCCAUUAAAGUCCUCGACAAGGCUACAGUGCCAAUCAUCAAGCUUACUGAUCAUGAAACAGAAGUGAAAGUGGACAUCAGCUUCAAUGUGGAGACUGCUGUCAAAGCAGCACAGUUCAUCAAGAGCUACCUUAAGAAGUACACUGUUCUUCCACCGCUCAUCUUCGUUCUGAAGCAGUUCUUGCUGCAGAGGGACCUUAAUGAAGUCUUCACUGGAGGCAUCAGCUCAUAUAGCCUCAUACUAAUGGCCAUCAGCUUCCUGCAGUUACACCCUCGGAUCGACACGCGGCGCGCCAACAUUAACCUAGGCAUCCUGCUUAUCGAGUUCUUUGAGCUGUAUGGUCGCGACUUCAACUACAUGAAGACCGGCAUCCGGGUGAAGAAUGGAGGAGCCUACCUGUCCAAGGAGGAAAUGCUGAAAGCCAUGGGGAAUGGAAACAGGCCAUCCAUGCUCUGUAUAGAAGAUCCAAUACAGCCAGGGAAUGAUGUGGGCAGGAGUUCAUAUGGAGUCCUGCAAGUCAAGCAGGUGUUUGACUUUGCCUACAUGGUGUUGAGCCAUGGCGUGUCUCCUCUGGCACGUGCAUACCCCAACAAAGAGUAUGACAGUACUUUAGGAAGAAUCAUUAAAGUCAGCCCUGAAGUUCUGGCUUACAGGGACUGGACAAUCAAGAAGUGGGGAGCCAAGCAAUAUGCCAAGCUGGAAAACCAUGAUGUUGAGGCCUGUGAACAGGACCUUGCGAGGCUGAUGCUGGUUGAGGAUCAGAGAGACUCUUCCUCCCCCCUCAGUGCUGACUCCCCCUCUCCUUCUCCAGUCUUUCUCUCUAGCCCUCAGCACCAUUCGUCAUCGUCAUCCUCCGCUUGCUCACUCUCCUCGUCCUCCUCUGGAAGUGACAUAGAGUCGGAUUCUCCUCAAAGCAGCAGCACCACUCUCCAGUUCCACCCCCUCACCCUGGCCUCGGUCCACUCUAUGAUCCAGAUGGCUACUGAUCCGAGGGCCGCACAUGCAGCAGGCUUUAUCCACACAUGUCAGCUCCAGAUGCCCCUCCCAGAGAACCUAACCAUCCCCACUCUGUCUAAUUGCCAGUUCUACCAUGAGAACCCUCCUUCCAUCAGUGUUGUGCACCGUCACACGUCACAAGCGGCACAGGUUUCCCAGCACACCAACUCCACGAGCCCCCUCCCCAGCCCCCUCCACCAGCUCCACCACCGUCAGGUAGGAGGGCAGCAGAGUCACACUUACACCAUGAGGUCAAAUUCCCACGGCUCCUUUGAGGCAGACAAAUUUGGCUUCAAGCACAACCAAGGUGGAAUCCUCCAAGGCCAAAACCACUCUAAAGGUAACUUCAGCCCCCAGCGCAGGUUUCCUCCCCAGGUUCAUACCCCAGCACCGGGUUUCAGGCACCAGCAGCAGUACAACCGUAACACCUGGCGACGCAGAAGGAGAGAAACUCUUCCUGCUCUCAAUCACAGCAGAUAAAAGCAAGAAACUGCAGGAUUUGCCCCAGCUUGUUUGAUAUUUGAAGACCUCUCUCUCUCUCCAUCAUGGGUGAUUAUGUGAUGAUAGACAAGUUUUUGUUGGAGGCUCUGCAAACAAACCUACAUCGGGCCAGAAUUCACAAGUCAGCUCAAGCCGUCUCCCAUUUCAUGCAAGAAAACGGAAAAAGGCCUGAAGUCUUAACUGUGCUUUUUAUCUGAACGUCUAAACCCUCGCUCUGAAUUUGAUGCACACCAGCACAAACUAGAGUUGAUUCAGAAUUAAUGAUUCCCUGACUGGAUCUUCUCACCAGUGUCUCUUGGUUGAAGAACUUUGGUCAAGUAUUGAGUUUCCAUACGACGUCUUAACAUCUCAUGUGCCAUAUCGGUGAACCGGUCCAUCAAGCCCGACUUCCUUUGAAGUUGUGACUCUUAUUGGCCCUGCUCCAUCAGGUUUUGGUCUUCUGAAUGCAACUUCCCAUCAGCCCAACUCUUGAUUCAGAGCCCCUAAAGCUUGGACUAUCACCUACAUAUUGUACUCUGGACUGAAGCAAAGCACUACCUUUCUACCUAUGCAGCGCAACGCUGACCAUGUUUUUGGUGUGACGGCACAAACCGGACCUUGUCUCAAGUGCUUAAACUGUGAUGACUUGCUUGAAUGUACCAAGUGUUUCUCUUUUUUUUGUGUUGGUCAUUAUAUUUUUGUUUUUUUGUGUUCGUCACUGAGGGAUUAAUUUUUUUUAUUUUUUUUUUUUUUCCCACAUUGGCACUAUGAUGUUCUGUACUGUACCAUUGCCACCUUAUUUUAUGUUGGUUGCAUUUAUGUGCAAUAAUGACAUGAUUUUAUUUAAUUUAUUUCACAGUUUUAGUUUAAUUUUAGGGGUUCUCCCAACUAUUAGUUUGCUGUUUUUAUUUGUAGACUAUACUGAUCUGUGCAAUAGAUGGAUUUAAGGGCCUAGAAGGUGUACGUGUGUGUGUGGCUUUCUAGCAGAAGGGGGAGCUAUGGUACAACGUUAGAAAUGUGCCAAAAAUUCUAUUAUGCCAACAUUUUAGUCAUUUUUGAAUUAUGAUUACAUGGAAUUACCCCCAACUGCCUGCCUAGAUACCUUUCCGCCACUAGGUCUCAUUUCAGACAUAUCAUCCAGUAUUCAUUAGCUUUAUUUAGCUGUUUUACCUCUCGGUAGGCAGCAGGCUAUGUUGGGUGGGGUGCACCCUUAGCAGUGUUUACUUGUGUCAUUUAAAUGCAUAGUUGGUGCUACUUAUUACCAGCAAAGUGCUUCUUUUCUGCCUUAUAUCUCCUUUGAUUCUUUUAAAGCAACAAGUUAACUGCCUUCUGAAAGACCAAAUCUGCCCUUUCUUCCCGUACAUAGCCAGAGCUUUCCAUUUCUGUUCCAAUAAGCACUGCCAGGGUAACUUGGCUUUGAUUUUUACAUAAUUGCAAUCCUAUUGCAGUUGCUAAUUGUUAGCAUUAUGUCUUUAAUUUUUCUUUUUUUUUUUCUUUUUUUAAUGAUAAUUAUAAACCACUUGUACAAGAGGUACUUAUAGAGGUUGUCCUCUGCCGCAUUUGAAGUCAGUAAGACAAGGUUUUCUUACGCAGCAAUCCGUAGACGAACUUGAGCGUGGGACACCAUACAGUCAUUGGUUUUCGUAGUCGAAAGCCCAAGCAAAAAUCUGGUCCAGUCGCAUGCUUAAAAAGUGAUUAUUUUCACAUCCUGUGCACCAACCAGAUGGACUCAACGUGCAGUUGGCAUUAUCCCCUUUUUUUUCAGUGCAGCUCUUCAGAAAAUUGUCUAGAGGAUAAUCGAUAGAUGUCUUCAUAUUGCCACAAACCAAAUCCCCUGCUCAUUUAUGUGUAAUUAAGGAUGGGUUGUAAUGUGUAAACCACUGACAUAUAGAUGUAUACCUUGAUUUUUUUAUGUAAGUUUUCUAUUUUUUUAAAUAAACAUUUUAAAAAAACAAUCCAUUCCCCGCUCGGUGUGUAU